AUGUCUUUUUGCUACCUGUUCCUGGUAGCUAUUGCUUUUAUUCCGGAAACACAACAGGUAUGUUCACUUUUUUGAAAUUUUAAAUAAUUGAUGGAUCGGGGAAAAAGAAUGCAUUUUUUAAAGUUAAGAAUGAAUGGAUUUUGAAAUGUUUUUUAUCCUGAAAUGGUUUUGAAAAUAUAUCUCAUUUCCACAUUUUAGAUUGAAAUAUUCAUAACAGACUCGAUAUUAUUAUAAAUAUGAGAAUUCAAACUCAACUGGUAUGUUUUUAUCAACUUCCUGGUUUGCAAACAUACCCAAAAAAACUGAACUUUCAUAGAUGAUUCUGAAGCUUAUUUUGAAAAAUGUCAUAGCCAUUUUUGUGAAAUUAGAUGAAAACCAGGAAUUUGAAUCCUUGUCAUUUCAUUCAGAAUUAUGUGGUAAGUAGUCUUUAGAACCACUUUUUCUGGUCUCUUUUGUUAUUCCGACAACAUCAAUUUCUAGUAAUUUCUCAAUUUUUCGAAAUACGAAAUGAAAGCGGAACUUGUGAUAAGACCCUGGUGUUUAGAAUUAUGCUUACGAAAAUAGAAAACAAAUUUUUUCAGAACAUUUUCAAAACCUAUACUUCACUCAUUAAUUAAUUGGGAAAUUGAUUUUUACCAAAUGACAAAGAAAUUUUCCAUCAAAAUUUCUCAAUUUUUCAUCUCUCCCGCGCUGAGUUCAAGCCUCAACUUUUCAAAUGUUUUUCUCUGCGCCUCUCAUUCUUUUGCUCUUUCUUCAUUUUUUCGAAAUACACUGCUAACUCCUUUUCUUCUUUUUCUCUCGCGUCCUCCGGCGCCCACUAUUUAUUUGCCAUUCGACCUUGUUCCUCCAGCGAUCUCGUGGUGUAGUGGUUAUCACAUCUGUCUAACACACAGAAGGCCGGCGGUUCGAGCCCGCCCGAGAUCAGAGCAAUUUUUUUCAUUUUUUUUUCAAAUUAGGUUCAAAUUCAAAAUUGUUUUUUUUUUGUAGGUGUUGACCGAGAACAAUCAAAAACUUGAAUGGAUUGUUGGAAAAUGGAGAUCCGAAUUCUCGGGAAAGAUUUUCUGGCCAACUGUGCCAACAAUGACUUUCGGAGAGGAAUUGGUUAUCAAUGAGGCGCCAAUUGCAAAAUCAGCCAAUGUACAAUUCUUGAAUUUCUCGUAAGUGACCUUGAUCAAGUGAAAGUUUUGAAAACAAAAGAUAUAAUUUUUGUUGAAAAGUGAAAAUUUUGAAAACUAUUAAAAACAUUUUCGGUUUUUUACAGAGCUCGCGCCUGGUCUCAUUCAACAAAAGAUCAUUUCCAUGACGAAUGGGGAUUUUUGACAGUUGAUCCAACUGGAAACGCUACUUUGAUGACAACUGGAAACAAUGGUUUGUUAUAUUAUACUAUCAUAAAAAUCACACAAAUAAAAUAAUUUGAAAAUACAGGAUUCACAACAUAUGAAGUCGGAACUGUUUCACCAAACAAACUGGUUCUUACAUUGAAAGAUAUUGGAAGAAUUUCGUUCUCAAGAGAUUUACCCGUUGAAGAUGUGGGUUGAAUUUUUAAACAGAUUCAUGAAAAUAUUCACUUUUCAGUUGCGCCGAACAUUUAUUAGACAUGACGAUAGAUAUAUGGAACAAGUUAUUGAAAUGAGAACUGCCACACAUCCAAAAGUUGGAUAUUUGGAACAUACGAGAGUUGUUUAUACUAAAUUGAAAUAA